AGCGGUGUUGGUAACCUGGAAACCAACGAAGCUGUUUAGAUGUAGUACACUCGUGGAAUCAAAUCACUGUGCAGAUACGAUAGACUUGUGAGAUUAGGAUGCCAUUUAUACAGACAAUCGAAUUUAUUUUGCAACAUUGCUGUUGAAUGACCUUUUCUGUGCAUUCUCGGAUAUAGUAAUCUGCUGCAUAAUGUUCAUUUACCUCAGUAAAAAGAUUGCAAUUCCUAACAAUAUUCGAUUGAAAUGCGUUUCCUGGAACAAGGACCAAGGUUUUAUUGCCUGUGGUGGAGAAGAUGGACUUCUUAAAGUUCUGAAAUUGGAAACACAGACAGAUGAUAACAAACUGAAGGGGCUUGCAGCACCCAGUAAUCUCUCCAUGAAUCAAACUUUGGAUGGACAUAGUGGUGCUGUGCAAGUGGUAACAUGGAAUGAGCAGUAUCAGAAGCUGACUACUAGUGAUCAGAAUGGACUCAUCAUUGUAUGGAUAUUGUAUAAAGGGUCAUGGUAUGAGGAAAUGAUUAAUAACCGAAAUAAAUCAGUUGUUAGGAGUAUGAGCUGGAAUGCUGAUGGACAGAAGAUCUGCAUUGUAUAUGAAGAUGGAGCUGUAAUUGUUGGAUCAGUGGAUGGUAAUCGAAUUUGGGGAAAAGAAUUGAAAGGUAUUCAGCUGUGUCAUGUAGCAUGGUCCCCAGACAGUAGAAACCUACUUUUUGGGAUGGCAAAUGGAGAAAUACAUAUUUAUGACAAUCAGGGCAACUUCAUUAUGAAGAUGGCAGUGAACUGCUUGACUAAUGUGACUGGUGCAGUCAGCAUAGCUGGAAUUCACUGGUAUUCUGGAACAGAAGGUUAUGUUGAACCAGACUGUCCUUGUUUGAUGAUUUGUUUUGACAAUGGAAGAUGCCAGAUAAUGAGACAUGAACAUGAGGAAAAUCCAAUUUCAUUCGACACUGGCAUGAAUGUAGUUGGUGUUCAGUGGAACCACUGUGGUAGUGUGUUAGCUAUUGCAGGGUCUCAGAAAGCAGCAACAGAAGAUAAGGAUGUUAAUGUUGUUCAGUUUUACACACCUUUUGGAGAGCACUUGCGUACUUUGAAGGUCCCUGGUAAACAAAUGGCUGCAGUGUCUUGGGAAGGAGGUGGCUUAAGAAUCGCUCUAGCUGUAGAUUCUUUUAUAUAUUUUGCUAAUAUUAGACCGAAUUACAAGUGGGGCUAUUGCUGCAACACUGUGGUUUAUGCAUAUACCAGACCAGAUCGUCCUGAAUACUGCGUUAUCUUCUGGGAUACCAAGAAUAAUGAAAAACAUGUGAAAUAUGUCAAGAGUCUUUUGUCCAUAACAACUUUUGGAGACUUCUGUAUCCUGGCAACUAAAGUAGAUGAAAAUGCCCCUCAGGAGGAGAAUGAAACUGAUUCUGUUGGUUCAUCGUAUGCCCUUGUACUUUGCAAUUCUAUUGGGACACCUCUGGAUUCCAAAUAUAUCGAUGUUGAGCCAUUGUUUGUGACCAUGACCAAAACACAUGUAAUUGCUGCUUCCAAGUUAGCAUUCUAUAUUUGGCAGUACAGAGUGGCGAAAAAACUAACGGCAUUGGAGAUAAAUCAGGUAGCACGGACUAAGAAAGAGGGGCGUGAAAGGGUUUAUCAUAUUGAUGACACACCUUUGGGAUCUGGAGAUGGAACCUGUGACUUCAGCAAAUCCUUUUGCGCAACAAGGGAUCCUAUUUGCUGUAUAACUGCAUCUGACAAGACAUUAAUUGUGGGUCGUGAAUCUGGUACCAUUCAGAAGUACAGUCUUCCUAAUGUUGGAUUGAUCCAAAAAUAUGCUGUAAAUUGUCGUGCAUAUCAGUUGUCUCUUAACUGUAAUUCCAGCCGCCUUGCUAUUAUAGAUAUUACUGGAGUUCUCACUUUCUUUGACUUGGAGAGAAGAGACAACAGUGGGCAACAAGUCACAAGUGAGCAACCAAAAUUUGAACGUAAAGAUGUAUGGGAUAUGAAAUGGGCAAAUGACAAUCCAGAUUUGUUUGCCAUGAUGGAGAAGACCAGAAUGUAUGUCUUCAGAAAUUUGGAUCCUGAGGAACCUAUUCAGACAUCUGGUUAUAUAUGCAACUUUGAAGAUUUAGAAAUUAAGUCUGUUCUUUUGGAUGAAAUCUUGAAGGAUCCAGAGCACCCCAACAAAGACUAUGUUAUCAAUUUUGAGAUCCGCUCUCUACGGGACAGUAGGGCACUGAUUGAAAAGGUUGGAAUUGAAGAGGCAUCUCAGUUUAUAGAAGAUAAUCCACAUCCUAGACUCUGGCGUUUGCUAGCAGAAGCUGCUCUUGAGAAGUUGGACCUGAAAACUGCUGAACAAGCUUUUGUACGUUGUAAGGAUUAUCAAGGAAUUCAGUUUGUAAAGCGUUUAGGCAAUCUCCAGAGUGAGUCUAUGAAAACUGCAGAGAUUGCAGCUUAUUUUGGCAGAUUUGAAGAAGCUGAAAGAAUGUACUUGGACAUGGACAGAAGGGAUCUUGCCAUUAGCCUUCGUAUUAAACUUGGAGACUGGUUUAGAGUCCUGCAGCUCCUGAAGACGGGUUCUGGUGAUGCUGAUGAUACUCUUCUUGAACAAGCUUAUAAUGCCAUUGGAGAUUAUUUUGCAGAUCGACAAAAAUGGGUGAAUGCCGUUCAAUAUUAUAUUCAAGGCCAAAACCAGGAGCGAUUAGCAGAAUGUUGUUAUAUGCUGGAAGACUAUGAAGGACUGGAGAAGAUAGCAAACUCACUUCCUGAAAAUAAUAAACUGCUACCAGAUAUAGCGCAUAUGUUUGUAACAGUAGGCAUGUGUGAGCAAGCAGUGGGUGCUUAUUUAAAAUGUAACCAACCCAAAGCAGCAGUGGAUACGUGUGUACAUCUGAAUCAGUGGAAUAAAGCCAUUGAAUUAGCAAAGAAUCAUAACAUGAAAGAAAUUGGUCCUCUUCUGGCCAAGUAUGCAUCUCAUUUGCUGGAGAAGAAUAAAAUCCUAGAUGCCAUUGAACUUUAUCGCAAAGCCCACAAUUUUCUGGAUGCUGCUCGACUCAUGUUUAAGGUUGCUGAUGAUGAAGCAAAGAAGAAAACAAAGCCUCUUCGAGUGAAGAAACUGUAUGUUUUGGCAGCUUUACUUGUAGAAGACUAUCAUGAACAAAUGAAAAACACUCAGAGAGGAAAAAUUAAAGGGAAAAAAUCUGAGGCUACUUCAUCCUUAGCCGGGCUUUUAGAAGAAGAUGCUUCUUCUUCAGAUAACCGAAUUAUUGAUCUUCCUUGGCGUGGAGCUGAAGCUUACCAUUUCUUUUUACUUGCUCAGAGGCAGCUAUAUGAGGGUUAUGUUGAUGCAGCUAUGAGAACAGCUCUUCAUUUGCGUGACUAUGAAGACAUUAUCCCACCAGUUGAGAUCUAUUGCUUGUUAGCCUUGUGUGCCUGUACUAACAGAGCAUUUGGCACUUGUUCUAAGGCAUUUAUUCAUCUUGAGUCUUUGGAGAGCAUUAGCCCAGAUCAGAGGCAGCUAUAUGAAGAUUUAGCCCUGGAGAUCUUCACAAGACACAGUCCUAAGGAUAACAAAAAAUCAGACCUGGAUAGUUUUCCCGAAAGUGGAGAAGGGAAACUUCCAACCUGCAUUGUAACAGGACGGCAAAUCACAGAUUACCAGUUCUGGAUGUGCAGCACCUGUAAACACAGUGCACAAGAGCAACAAAUCAACAAAUUCAGCUUUUGUCCUCUCUGCCAUAGUCCAUUAGUAUAGCAUGGACCUUAUAAAAUAAACUGCAAAUAUACCUUUUUAUAAAUAUUUUCAUGUACAUUUAUAUGUUCUUAUGAACUAUAUUAAAUAUGUCUCAGUUACUGUAUUUUAUACAUAGAA